AUGACAAUUUCCUAAAAUAAAUCUGUUAAGAAGUGGCUUCUUUAAUCUAAAUUAAUAUUCAAAAUCAACUUUAAAAGAAAGAACAAUAAUAUCAAGAAUUAAUUAAACAAAAUCAAAUAAAAUAGGAAAAUUAAAUUAAAUAAAAGGAUUCUUCAUAAACUAUUCAAUAAUCAUCAAAAUUUAUAUCUGCUCAAUCAAAUCUCAAAUCAUUUACUUAUUAAUUAAUUAAGAAAAUUCAAUUUAAUAAGAUCAGUGUGUAAUGCAAUUGCUGUUAAUAAAGAUUGCUCAAUAUUAGUUGCUGGAUGUGAUAAAUAAAUUAAAGUAUUUGAAUUCACACAAGAAAUCUUAAAAUAAGUUUAAAUAUUAAAUGAACUUGGAAAUUAUGUAUGUACUUUAAAUUUCAUGAAGAGAUCAGAUCAUUUUAUAUCUGGUAGUUAAGAUAAUUCAAUCAUAAUAUGGGCAAAAAAUCAAAAUAAUUCGUGGAUUUGCCAAUAGAAAUUGAAUGGACAUACAAGUUAUAUCUACUGUUUGUUAUUAAAUAAUAAUGAAGAUAUUAUUGUGUCUGGUAGUUAUGAUAAUAAGAUUAAAUUCUGGUAUAAUUAAAAUGGAUGGUUGUGCUCUUAGACAAUUACAGAUCAUACUAAUCCUGUAUGGGGAUUAAGUUUCAAUGAAUAAUAGAAUAAAUUGAUAUCUUGUGGACAUGAUAAAUCUAUAUUAGUAAUUGAACAACCAGAAUUGAAUAAAUAAUGGAUUGUAAUAUAAAAGAUUAUAGUAGAACAAUUUGGACAUAAUUAUGCUUUAUUGAUAAUAAUACAUUCACAUUCUAUCUUUACAGUAGUAACUACAUAAAUGUUUUUGAGAUGA